AUGCAACCACCUGAAACUCAACGCAUUCUCACUCCUUUCGCAGGAAACAUCCACGAUGUACCUGCCCGGGUAGUGGCGCUCGAUAUGCUGAACCUGCUCAAGUCGGAGUACGACGGACCACGGUUACUGUUCGCCAAGCACUAUCUUCAUCUGAUGCGAAAGUUCACGCUACAAGGCUUUCUGCGCCCAACGGAAAUGCAAACCAUCUACACCCCUUUCAUGGCAAUGCCUAAUCUUUUCCGUUCUGAAACUCCGGAAAAUCGCCUCAACGCGUUGGCGAAGGCUACGGUGCUUUUGGAGAUGCUGCUGCUGGUUGAGCUGCUCGAAGAUAGUGAGGCACUGGAACAAGAGACACAGAGAACUCUGGGCAAUUAUCGUAUUUAUCGGUCAAAGAAGCAGUAG